UGUAUGAAGAAAGGGAUUCGUUCAUACCAUCGGUAGAGUUUGUAAGACCACGACUGAUCCUGAAAGGAGUGGAUGGAAAAAAGAGUUAUACUGAUGAUGAUAUGAUUUAAAGAGCCUUAUUUCUAAUGGCUUCUUCUUUCUUCAGUCCUAAUGACAUCCACCAAACGUAUUUGGAUUAGCAUCAAUUAACACCUCCAAACCCAUGUUUCAUGCUUCUUGAAAAAGGAGAGAAGCAAGUACUACAUCUUGGUAGUUUUUUGACUUGUGCUAUAAAAAAUGAUAUUUGCAUUAUGAAAAGGCUGUAAUUACUUUGUCUAAAGUGAGGGAUAAUCUUUCCUUGUUAGUGCGAUUAGAUAGCCAGCAGCUAGCCAGGGGAGAAUCAUUGAUUGAUAUUCUGUGGAUGUAUAUAAUCUAUCACUAGACUAAGCAUGCAAACAAAGAUGCGAUAAAUCAACACAUCUCUAGCUGUCAUGCUUGACUAGCUAGGUAACUUGAAUAUGUGGUGUUAGUGUCUCGAAGAUGAUAAUUAAAACUUCAGAAACCUCCAAAUGACAUUAAAGUAUUGGUUUUUGUCCAACCUUGAUGAAGACAAACUUGGAGGGCAUUCUUGGCAUUAGAAUUUAAUUUCUUUCUAGAUAAGGCAUGCCUAAUGAUACCAUGGUGGUCCUCCGGCUCCCCCUUCCUUCGUCCGGUUUUCCUCGUCUAAGGGAGGGUGGGAUUUUCUACAUAGUGUGAUGGGGGUGAGUGCCUGUAAAGCUCUGUCCAUGACAUAAAAUAUAGACCACAUGCACUUACGUUAAACCUCUUAUAUGCUUUUCCUGAAUCUUCACAUUCAGAAAAAGUUUGGCAGAUUCUCGUGAAUUAUGUGGAGAAAAAGUAAUGGGAAGAACGAUAGAAAAGAUAUAAACUAGUGAAGUAGGUUCAAGUCCCAAUCAUUAACAAACUUACAGCCAAAUUGGACGAUGAAGUCUGCACAAAUUAUAGGCAUAAAAGCUGGAGUGCAGAACUAUACAUGUUCCAUGGAUAUUAGCUCUGGUUCGCAAUUGUCCCAUUCAUGACUAGUUUGGUACAAUCACAUCAGUCUUUUCCCUUCAUGAAUGAUGAACCCCUUCUCUUCCGUUUCGCUCUACAAUAAAAUUGGAGCCCUCGUUAAUUAAAGCAGGAAGGCCAAGGGUAAGGACAUCUAGAGACAGGUGUUCAAACAAAAGUGGGAAACUACCAGAUAAGGACAAUUUAGGAUCAGAUGGACCAGUGGGUUCGAAAGGAGCUUUCACUAUGGAGUUGUCUGCAGCAAGGAGUACGACUACAAAAACCUGAGAAGAAAUCUUUUGAAACUGUGCUUUACACGUUACCGGUUCGUGAAGUCAUUUGGUUGUUUGUCGCCCACCAAAGUGCCAUAGCUGGUUAGCAGCGGCAUCUUCACUUAAAAUGGCACGUGCUUUGCAGCAAAAUAUUUAUCUAUUUGGAAGAUGGGUAGAGGACAGUUAUUGUCUGCUUUAAAAUAUUUUCAAAAGUGCUCGGAAAGCCAACACCCCUAAAGUGAAACUGCCAAGUGUAGGUGUCAAACAAGUAGCACCUCUUCAUUAUUAUUACUACUAUCUUUUUUUACUCCUCUUACCGCUUUCCAGCUACAUCUUUAAACAUCUCUUUCUUUCUCAAUCAUGGAGGCCAUGCCACACGAGGAAUCAUCCUUGACUGUGCCUCUCAUAGAGGAUGAGAAUGAAGAAGGGUUAGGAAGCAAGCCAGAGCAAGUAGAAUCAAAUUCUGCUCAUGACUGUGCGGGCACUACGUCUGUCUUCAGAACCUGUUUUAAUGGACUUAAUGCUCUUUCAGGAGUUGGGAUAUUAUCAAUCCCAUAUGCACUGGCAUCAGGAGGAUGGUUGAGCUUGAUAUUUCUUUUUGGCAUAGCCACGGCAGCAUUUUACUCGGGUUUGUUGAUUCAAAGAUGUAUGGACGCAGAUUCUAAUAUCAGAACUUAUCCUGACAUAGGCGAGCAUGCAUUUGGGAACAAGGGGAGACUAAUAGUAUCAGUUUUCAUGUACAUCGAGCUCUACUUAGUCGCAACAGGAUUUUUGAUUCUAGAAGGAGAUAACUUGCAAAAGUUGUUCCCAAAUGUGGAUUUUGAAGUAGCAGGACUAACAGUUGGUGGGAAACAAGGCUUUAUAAUAAUCGUUGCCCUCAUAAUUUUGCCUUCUGUUUGGUUGGAUAACUUGAGCCUUCUUUCUUACGUCUCUGCCAGCGGGGUUAUAGCCUCCGCAGUCAUCCUAGGUUCAAUUAUCUGGACUGCUGUAUUUGAUGGAAUUGGGUUUCAACAAAGGGGAACACUGCUAAAUUGGGAUGGAAUCCCAACUGCUGUUAGCUUAUACGCCUUCUGUUAUUGUGCGCAUCCAGUCUUCCCUACCCUUUACACUUCCAUGAAAAAAAGGCAUCAGUUCUCCAAUGUCCUGGUUAUAUGCUUUGUCUUGUGUACCAUCAGUUAUGCAUCAAUGGCAAUUUUUGGGUACUUAAUGUUUGGUUCAGAUGUUCAAUCACAGAUAACUUUGAACCUUCCGACUAACAAGCUCAGCUCAAGAGUGGCAAUAUACACCACCCUGGUCAAUCCCAUAUCCAAAUAUGCAUUGAUGGUUACACCAAUUGUUAAUGCAACUAAAACCUGGUUUCCAUUUCACUGCAACAAGCGAUUCCUCAGCCUCUUUGUUGGCACCACCUUGAUGAUCAGCACUGUUUUGGUGGCUCUGGCAGUUCCAUUCUUUAGUUCCCUCAUGUCCCUAGUUGGAGCAUUUUUAAGUAUCACAGCUUCGAUCAUAAUACCAUGCUUAUGCUACUUGAAGAUAUCAGGAACUUAUCAGAGAUUCGGGUGCGAAAUGGUUGCUAUAGGCCUUAUAAUACUAAUGGGUGUUGCCGUGGUGAUAUUCGGUACUUACACAUCUGUUAUGGACAUAAUAGGCAAUUUAUAAAUGCCAGUGGUUUUGUAUAUGCCUAUUUUGUUAUAUAUAAUGUUAUCGUUUUCCUGAUUAAUUUGAAGGGUUCUUCUCUAAGUUCAGAUGAAA